UAAUGUUUACUUAAUAAAGACUUGAUCAAUAAGAGACAUUAAGAAAUGAAUAUUAAUAAACAAGACCUAUUUCUUAGUAAUUUGCAUACACAAGUGGAGUGUAACAAGUAAAAUAUGGAUGAAUUUAUUAUUAUAGGUUCCUUAUGUGAAUCAAUAAGUUUAACAAGAAGAAUUUGUAUUUGAUGGAAGAAAUUAAGCAUUUAAUCAAUAAGGAGUCCAAUUUCCUAAUAAUUUUGUGACAGCAUAAGUUACAAACUAUCCCACUAUAAAUGUAAAGUUUAUCUAUUAAAUUAUUAGCCAUGCAAUCCUUGUUAGGCAUCACCAUUACAUAUGCAAAUUGUAGUAGUAAAUAGAGAAGAAAUAGAAGCUCCCUGGAGAUUGGAAUGUGAGUAUCUUUAAUCAGUUAUUACUGAACUUGAAUCUAGAUAAUUAGAAACAAAGAUUGUUGAGAAAGUAAUUGAAAAAGAAAAGAUUGUUAAAGAUACUGAAUCUAUUACUUAAUUAGAAAAUGAAUUGAAUAGAUUAAGAUUAAGUAAUUAAUAAGAUGUAAGUGAUUUGAGAAGAUAAAUUUCUGAAUUAUAGAUGUAAAAUGCAAAUUUGAAUUCUUAAUUAAAACAAAAAGAUUAAGAACUAUUACUCAUAAAAACUAGUUCAAGUUCUAGUGAAUCAAGAUAUAGAUAAUUAGAAUCAGAACUUUAAAAUUGGAAGAAUCAAUGCAGAAGUAAAGAUUAAGAAUUAGCUAUGUUAAGAGAUUAAAUUUAGGAUUUAUAAGAUGCAAAUAGUAAAUUAUCAAUGGAAUUAAAUUCUCUUAAAUUAAUUAUAUAAUAAAAGGAUAAUGAAUUAGAAAAAUAUAGAAUUACUUCACUAGAAUUAAGAUCAGCAGCUAGUGAAAGUAGAGAUGCUUAAUCAAGAAUUAGAGAAUUAGAAAUGGAAGUAAAUAAUUUGAAGAGUUUAUUAUAUUAAAGAACUACUGAAUGUGAAGAUCUAAGAAAUUAAUUAGCUCUUAAUGAUAAAGAAUAUAGUUCAAAACUUAAUUAAUAUAGAUUUUAAAUAAGUGAUUUAGAGUAAGAAAUUUUAAGAUUGAAAACUGAAAUUGAAAAAUUAAGAUAAAUGUUAGCUAAUAAAGAUCAUGAAAUUGAUGAUUUACAUUUAAGAAUUUAAUAUUUGGAAGAAUAAGGAACUACUGUUGUCUAAGAAAAGGUUACUUUCUUAAGUUCUGAAAUUGAAGUUUGGAAAUAGAAAUUCAUUAAGAUUAAUCAUGAUUAUAAUGAAUGUUAAGAAUAAUUGAUGAUGGCAUAAGCAGAAUUAGAAGCUCUUUAGAAAUAAUCAAAGAAAGUAUAUUUAUAAUAUUAAUUAUAAUUAGGAAGUAGUUGUUGAAAAGAGAACUGUAACAAGAUCAACUGUUGGAAGCAGUAGUAUUCAAAAAUAAUAUUGAU